AAAAUAAAAAUAAAAAUAAAAAUAAAUAAAAUUAAAAUUUCUCAUUCCUUUAUUUUCUUUUCAGCAUUGCUUGUGUGAAUCAUGUUCACUUUUUCUUAAGAGGGGUUCAUUGCCAAUGUAUCUAUCCAUUUCAAUUAUCAACUUCGAUAUUGCCAUCUUUUCGAUACAACAAAUGACUAGUCAUCUUACAUACGGCCGUCAUUGAUCGUGGUGACUUGUCAGCCUCUAGGUUGGUGGUAUGUGGCGGGGCCCGCACCCUAACGCCCUCCAGAUCGUCCCGAAAGCUUUAAAUCAUUUAUCGCACACACCACCAGCUCCAGAGCCAAGGCGGUGGCCAAUGGCUCUUUUACUAUCGGAUAGGGUCCCACUUGGACGGGAGGCUAUUAUUGCUGGCGCCCUUUAGCGUCCUUACGGAUUCUGCCUAGCAGAGAUCUCUCGUAUUGGUAUUGUGUAUCAAUUAUAAUGUGUAAGAUUAGAGACUCAGGUGAAAGAGGAUACGGAGUAGUCAGUGGAUCGUUGAUGAAUAUCACAAUAACCUCAACGAUUCCUUCUUUUGUUCCGGCAUACCCCGGAGGACUACGGAGGAGCCGAGAAGGGGAACGAAGAAAAUAACUAAAUUAAAACAAGAAGAAACAAAAGAAAAGAGAAGACAGUAUGAAUGUUGAUAGGGAGUUAUAUG